AUGGCGGAUCCCGCAGCGCCCGCGCCCGCCGCCCCGGCCGCCGCCCCGGCCCCCGCCCCGGCCGCGCCGCCCGCCGCCCCGGCCCCGCCGCCGGCGCCGGCCCCGGCGCCCGCCGCGCCGCCCGCCGCCCCGGCCCCGCCGCCCGCCGCCCCGGACGCGGCCUCGGGGCCGGCCCCGGACGCGGGCGCCGAGCCGGGCUCGCAGCGGCUGCUCUUCUCGCACGACCUGGUCUCGGGGCGCUACCGCGGCGCCGUGCACUUCGGGCUCGUGCGCCUCAUCCACGGCGAGGACUCGGACUCCGAGGGCGACGAGGACGGCCGCGGCAGCUCGGGCGGCUCCGAGGCGGGCGGCGCGGGCCACGAGGACGGCCGGGCCAGCCCGCUGCGCCGCGGCUACGUGCGCGUGCAGUGGUACCCCGAGGGCGCCAAGCAGCACGUGAAGGAGACCAAGCUGAAGCUGGAGGAUCGCUCUGUGGUGCCCCGGGAUGUAGUCCGGCACAUGCGCUCCACUGACAGCCAGUGCGGCACCGUCAUUGAUGUCAGCAUCGACUGCGCCGUCAAGCUCAUCGGCACCAACUGCAUCAUCUACCCGGUCAACAGCAAGGACCUCCAGCACAUCUGGCCCUUCAUGUAUGGGGACUACAUCGCCUAUGACUGCUGGCUGGGGAAGGUCUACGACUUGAAGAACCAGAUCAUCCUGAAGCUGUCCAACGGCGCCAGAUGCUCCAUGAACACUGAGGAUGGAGCCAAGCUCUACGACGUCUGCCCGCACGUCAGCGACUCGGGCCUGUUCUUCGACGACUCCUAUGGCUUCUACCCGGGCCAGGUGCUCAUCGGCCCCGCCAAGAUCUUCUCCAGUGUCCAGUGGCUUUCGGGGGUCAAACCCGUGCUCAGCACGAAGAGCAAGUUCCGAGUGGUGGUGGAAGAGGUUCAGGUUGUGGAGCUGAAAGUCACGUGGAUUACUAAGAGCUUCUGUCCAGGGGGCACAGACAGCGUCAGCCCCCCGCCCUCCGUCAUCACCCAGGAGAACCUAGGCAGGGUGAAGCGUCUCGGAUGCUUUGACCAUGCUCAGCGGCAGCUUGGGGAGCGCUGUCUGUAUGUCUUCCCAGCCAAGGUAGAGCCGGCCAAGAUUGCCUGUGAAUGUCCAGAAAAAAACUGCGCCCAGGGGGAGGGCUCUAUGGCCAAGAAGGUGAAGCGCCUCUUGAAGAAGCAGGUGGUGAGGAUCAUGUCCUGCUCGCCAGACACCCAGUGCCCCCGGGACCACUCCACGGAGGACCCGAGCAAGAAGGGGGAGGCCAAAACCAAGAGUGAGCCGGGCUCAGCCAGCCCCGAGGAGACACCCGAGGGCUCGGCCAGCCCCGUGGAGAUGCAGGACGAGGGCCCAGAGGAGGCCCCCGAGGUGGGCGAGCAGCUCCCGCCCUUCUUGCUGAAGGAAGGCGGGGACGACAGGCUGCACUCCGCGGAGCAGGACGCCGACGACGAGGCCGCUGACGAUACGGACGACACCAGCUCCGUGACCUCCUCUGCCAGCUCCACCACCUCCUCCCAGAGCGGCAGUGGCACGAGCCGCAAGAAGAGCAUCCCCUUGUCCAUCAAGAACUUAAAGCGGAAACACAAGAGGAAGAAGAAUAAGAUCACGCGCGACUUCAAACCAGGGGACAGGGUGGCGGUGGAGGUGGUGACCACGAUGACCUCGGCAGACGUCAUGUGGCAGGACGGCUCGGUGGAGUGCAACAUCCGCUCCAACGACCUCUUCCCCGUGCACCACUUAGACAACAACGAGUUCUGCCCUGGAGACUUCGUGGUAGACAAGCGAGUCCAGAGCUGUCCAGACCCCGCUGUCUACGGCGUGGUGCAGUCUGGGGACCACGUGGGCCGCACCUGCAUGGUGAAGUGGUUCAAGCUGCGGCCGAGUGGGGAUGACGUGGAGCUGAUUGGAGAAGAGGAAGACGUGAGCGUCUACGACAUUGCUGACCACCCCGACUUUCGGUUCCGCACGACCGAUAUCGUCAUCCGCAUCGGCAACACUGAGGAUGGCGCGCCUCACAAGGAAGACGAGCCAUCGGUAGGCCAGGUGGCUCGCGUGGACGUCAGCAGUAAGGUGGAGGUGGUGUGGGCUGACAACUCAAAGACCAUCAUCCUGCCACAGCACCUGUAUAACAUCGAGUCUGAGAUCGAGGAGUCCGACUACGACUCCGUGGAGGGAAGCACCAGCGGGGCGUCCUCGGACGAGUGGGAAGACGACAGCGACAGUUGGGAGACGGACAAUGGGCUGGUGGAAGACGAGCACCCCAAGAUAGAGGAGCCCCCCCUCCCAACCAUUGAGCAGCUGGCAGCCCCCGAGGAGGACAAGGGCGUGGUGAUCAGCGAGGAGGCUGCCACCGCCGCCAUUCAGGGGGCCGUGGCCAUGGCUGCCCCUGUGGCUGGGCUAAUGGAAAAGGCCGGCAAGGAUGGGCCCCCGAAGAGCUUCCGGGAGUUGAAAGAGGCCAUCAAGAUCCUGGAGAGCCUAAAGAACAUGACCGUGGAGCAGCUCCUGACGGGCUCCCCCACCUCUCCCACGGUGGAGCCCGAGAAACCAACUCGAGAGAAGAAGUUUCUGGAUGAUAUCAAGAAGCUUCAGGAGAACCUCAAGAAGACCCUAGACAACGUGGCCAUCGCGGAGGAGGAGAAGAUGGAGGCGAUGCCGGACACGGAGCGCAAGGAGGACAAGCCCGAGGGGCAGUCGCCGGUGAAGGCCGAGUGGCCCAGCGAGACCCCGGUGCUCUGCCAGCAGUGUGGUGGCAAGCCCGGGGUUACCUUCACCAGUGCCAAGGGCGAGGUCUUCUCGGUGCUGGAGUUCGCGCCCUCAAAUCACUCCUUUAAGAAAAUUGAGUUCCAGCCUCCAGAAGCCAAGAAGUUCUUCAGCACAGUCCGGAAGGAGAUGGCGCUGCUGGCUACCUCGCUGCCCGAUGGCAUCAUGGUCAAGACUUUUGAGGAUAGAAUGGACCUCUUCUCAGCCCUGAUCAAGGGCCCCACUCGCACCCCCUAUGAGGAUGGCCUCUACCUGUUCGACAUCCAGCUCCCCAACAUCUACCCGGCCGUGCCACCCCAUUUUUGCUACCUCUCCCAGUGCAGCGGCCGCCUAAACCCCAACCUGUAUGACAAUGGGAAGGUGUGCGUCAGCCUGCUGGGCACCUGGAUUGGAAAGGGGACAGAGAGGUGGACCAGCAAAUCCAGCCUUCUUCAGGUGCUCAUCUCCAUCCAAGGUCUGAUCCUGGUGAACGAACCGUACUACAACGAAGCCGGCUUCGACAGCGACCGGGGCCUGCAGGAGGGCUAUGAGAACAGUCGCUGCUACAACGAGAUGGCGCUGAUCCGCGUGGUGCAGUCCAUGACCCAGCUGGUGCGGCGGCCCCCCGAGGUGUUCGAGCAGGAGAUCCGGCAGCACUUCAGCACUGGCGGCUGGCGGCUGGUGAACCGCAUCGAGUCCUGGCUGGAAACCCACGCCCUGCUGGAGAGAGCCCAGGCGCUGCCCAGCGGGGUCCCCAAGGACAGCAGCUCGCCAGAGCCGCCAGCUGCGGCUGAGCUCUCGGACUGCGGCCGAGAAGAAGCUGAGGAUGGAGGACUGGCCCCUGGAGAGGCCUCCCAGGGCUCAGACUCGGAGGGCGGCGCCCAGGGCCUGGCCUCAGACGGCAGGGACCACAGAGACCAGACUUCGGAGGCAGCGCCUGACGCCUCGGUGCCGCCCAGUGUCAAACCAAAGAAGCGGAGAAAGAGCUACCGGAGCUUCUUGCCCGAGAGGAGCGGCUACCCUGACCUCGGCUUCCCGCUCUUCCCGCUCUCCAAGGGUUUUGUCAAGAGCAUCCGGGGCGUCCUGACGCAGUUCCGGGCCGCUCUGCUGGAGGCCGGCAUGCCCGAGACCACAGAGGACAAGUAGCCGCCCGCCGGGGAGGAGCCGCAGAGGCCGCCAGCCGCCGCCCGCGCUCCCCGCCCUGGAGUCUGCCCCUGUCCUUCCCCCCGUUCCCAGUGCAAGCCCCCUCUCUGCCCUCUUCUCCUCAAGGUGAGUUUGAUGCUGAAGUGCAAGAAAUUUCUGGAGAUGCUGCCGUUUCUGUUCAGAAGCAAUCUUCCCGCAGGCGCCCCCCUGCCUCCUCGGUGGCAAAGAAAACCCGAGCCCCGUUGCUGAUUUUCCACUCGUCGCCUCAGGCGGAAUGUGCCGGCACUUCCUGCCGUCACCAUCUCAGGUCGGGGGGAGUGUUCGAGGGCCUGCCGUGGGGCCUCCACGCCCGGGGGCCGGUGGGUCAGCAGCGGGCCGAGUGGACGUGCCUUGCAUGACGUGUGUCGCUCCAGCGAUUCCCCGGGUCCCCUUCCGCCCGCGCAGCUCCACUGUCGCUCCCCUGUGUCCCCGGCCCUCCUGCCGCCACUGCCACCGGAUGCCCCGGCCCCCAGCGGGGAACUGUCGCUGCCGUCACCGACUCCUGGCUCGGUUCUGGCCCACAGGAUAGUCCUCAGGGCCGUUGAACUUGCUCUCGAAGAGAGGCUGGGGCCAGGCUGGGUUCAGGUGACACCCAGGAGAGGUGGCGGCCCGUGAGGACCCCCGGCUGCGGGGGAGGAGCAGCUGGAGGCGCCUGUCUCUCCUGCCCUGGGUGGUCCGGGCAGCGGCACUUCAGGCCUUCAGGCCUCACCCCUUGGACUGAAGCGGCUGCCUGCUCCCUGCUCAACCUCGUCCCAGGGCCCCAGGAGGCAGGAAUAGCAGCCCUGAGAGGCCAGGGCAGGUGCUGGGGCCUCUCCUUAGACCACGCCCUCCUGGUUCUGACGCCAAGGGGCAUGGAGCACACAGAGGAGCACGCCAGCCCCCCUGCCCCCGGGCUCCCCUUCCCCGCUCCACCCGCCGCCCUCUCCCGCCGCCCUCUCCCGCGAACACAAGGCCUCCUCAGUCCUCGGCUAGAGACUCUGCAGGCUCCAUCUGGGGAGGUGCCGGCUGGGGUCCUCCCCUGCAGAGCAGGCCCAGAGGUUUACAAGUUUUCUAGCUUUUGAUAAUGUGAAGCUCCAGGUUGAGAGGAUGCCGUCGAGCACAUUGCAGCUAUGUAAUUUUUGGUGUAUGUAUGUAAUAUUUAAGGUUGAAAGAAAAUAAAUCUCAAAAGCAAAGAUAUUAACUAUUAGAAAAAAAAGACAAAAAAAAAGCCAAAGCAUGAUGCGUCUUGUCGGCCUUAAGCUGGCUCGCCGCCCGGCCCCCAGGGCUGCCGCCGCGGGGAGGACGCACGAGCUGGACGCCCGCAGCCCUCGGCCCUCAGCGCCCAGAGCCAGAGCCUCGCUGAGAGCGCCCGGAGCGGCUGGCGGGCGGCGGGCCGGCGCGCGGCGAUGUGAUGCCCACUGCUUCCGACGUCUGUAUAAAGUGCUGUGUGAUUCGACUUUUUUUUUACUUGCAUUUUUUUUUUUUUUUUUUUUUUUUUUUUUUUUGGUUUGGCUCAUUACAAUGUACAAAAAGACAAGGUGGCACCAUUAAACCUGCCUCUGCCAUUCAUCUGGGCUCCGUGGCCUUUCUUCCUCUC